UGUCAUUAUCUGUCGACUGUCAGUGUUGGUCAGUGUCAGUCUGUCUCAUUGAUUUGAAUUAGCAGCCUUUUACGUAAUAAUCGUUUUUCCUGUUAAAAAUCAAAAGAAGUGAUCAAAAUGCUGGGCAGGCUGGGCAGGAAGCAAGCGGAGAUCGCGGCGAGCUUCGUCCCGUCGGCGCUGGGCUACGGUGGCGGCUCCUUCCUGGUGCUGCUCUACAUGACCGACUGGAAGGUGUUCGUCACCAAGAUCCCCUUCUACGGCUCGCAGUUCAAGGACUUGCCGCCCAGCGAAUGAGGCGUCUGCUGUUUUUAUGUUAAGUGUAUAAUAUAACUUGUAGUACCUACCUA